ACAGAACUUCACCUUCUGUGGCCUUUCCCUAAGCGGGGAGGAGCAAAGCUGGAAGAGGAGGGGCCAGCGCCCCAAGCCAGCUCUCCCAUCACCACAGCUUUGGUUCGCGAGGCAGCCAAUCAGAUAGCUGAGUUUGCCAUAGGGGUGGGACUUCCUCCGCAGCGUGCACGAGUAAGUGUGUGGAGGUCCCGCCCCGGAACUGCAGUUGCUUCUGCAGCUGAGGUACAGCGGCAGUUUCUGAGGUUCCUGACCGGCGACCAACGGAGCUGCCGUGGCGUCUCCACACGCAACCAUGAAGUUGAAGGACACAAAAUCAAGGCCAAAGGCAUCAAACUAUGGCAAAUUUCAGACAAAGGGAAUCAAAGUUGUGGGAAAAUGGAAGGAAGUGAAGAUUGACCCAAAUAUGUUUGCAGAUGGACAGAUGGAUGAUUUGGUAUGCUUUGAGGAAUUGACAGAUUACCAGUUGGUCUCUCCUGGCAAGAAUCCCUCCAGUCUCUUCUCAAAGGAGGCACCCAAGAGAAAGGCACAAGCUGUUUCAGAAGAAGAGGAGGAGGGAGAGUCUAGCUCACCAAAGAAAAAGAUCAAGUUGAAGAAAAGUAAAAAUGUAGCAACUGAAGGAACUAGUACCCAGAAAGAGGUUGAAGUCAAAGAUUCUGAGCUGGAGGCCCAGGGAGAUGGCAUGGUUUGUGAUGAUCCGGAGGCUGGAGAGAAGACAUCAGAAAACCUGGUCCAAACUGCUCCAAAAAAGAAGAAAAAUAAAGGGAAAAAAGGUUUGGAGCCUUCUCAGAGCACUGCUGUUAAGGUGCCCAAAAAAGUGAAGACAUGGAUUCCUGAAGUUCAUGAUCAGAAGGCAGAUGUGUCAGCUUGGAAGGACCUGUUUGUUCCCAGGCCGGUUCUCCGAGCACUCAGCUUUCUAGGCUUCUCUGCACCCACACCAAUCCAAGCCCUGACCUUGGCACCUGCCAUCCGUGACAGACUGGACAUCCUUGGGGCUGCUGAGACAGGAAGUGGGAAAACUCUUGCCUUUGCCAUCCCAGUGAUUCAUGCAGUAUUGCAGUGGCAGAAGAGGAAUGCUGCCCCUCCUCCAAGUAACACUGACGCAUCACCUGGAGAGACCAGAACUGAGGCCGGAGCUGAGACUGGAUCACCAGGCAAGGCUGAAGCUGAGUCUGGAGCAUUGCCUGAUGAUACUAUAAUUGAGAGUGAAGCACUGCCCAGUGAUACUGCAGCCGAGGCCAGAGCCAAGACUGGAGGCACUGGCUCAGACCAGGCAUUGCUCUUUGGUGACGAUGAUGCUGGUGAAGGGCCUUCUUCCCUGAUCAGGGAGAAGCCUGUUCCCAAACAGAAUGAGAAUGAGGAGGAAAAUCUUGAUAAAGAGCAGACUGGAAAUCUAAAACAAGAGUCGGAUGACAAAAGCGCCACCUGUAAGGCAUUUCCAAAGCGUCCUCUGCUUGGACUGGUUCUGACUCCCACUCGAGAGCUGGCUGUCCAGGUCAAACAGCACAUUGAUGCUGUGGCCAGGUUUACAGGAAUUAAAACUGCUAUUUUGGUUGGUGGAAUGUCCACGCAGAAACAGCAGAGGAUGCUGAGCCGUCGUCCUGAGAUUGUGGUUGCCACUCCAGGCCGGCUGUGGGAAUUAAUUAAAGAAAAGCAUUAUCAUUUGAGGAACCUUCGGCAGCUCAGGUGCCUGGUGGUGGAUGAGGCUGACCGGAUGGUUGAGAAAGGUCAUUUUGCUGAGCUCUCACAGUUGCUAGAGAUGCUCAAUGACUCCCAAUACAACCCAAAGAGACAAACGCUUGUUUUUUCUGCCACGCUCACCCUGGUACAUCAGGCUCCUGCUCGAAUCCUUCAUAAGAAGCACACCAAGAAAAUGGACAAAACAGCCAAACUUGACCUUCUUAUGCAGAAAAUUGGCAUGAGGGGCAAGCCCAAGGUCAUUGACCUCACAAGGAAUGAGGCCACGGUGGAGACGCUAACAGAGACCAAGAUCCAUUGUGAGACUGAUGAGAAAGACUUCUACUUGUACUACUUCCUGAUGCAGUAUCCAGGCCGCAGCUUAGUGUUUGCCAACAGCAUCUCCUGCAUCAAACGCCUCUCUGGGCUCCUCAAAGUCCUUGAUAUCAUGCCCUUGACCCUACAUGCCUGUAUGCACCAGAAGCAGAGGCUCAGAAACCUGGAGCAGUUUGCCCGUCUGGAAGACUGUGUUCUCUUGGCAACAGAUGUGGCAGCUCGGGGUCUGGAUAUUCCUAAAGUCCAGCAUGUCAUCCAUUACCAGGUCCCACGUACCUCGGAGAUUUAUGUCCACCGAAGUGGUCGAACUGCUCGAGCUGCCAGUGAAGGUCUCAGCCUGAUGCUCAUUGGGCCUGAGGAUGUGAUCAACUUUAAGAAGAUUUACAAAACCCUCAAGAAAGAUGAGGACAUCCCGCUAUUCCCCGUGCAGACAAAAUACAUGGACGUGGUCAAGGAGCGAAUCCGUUUAGCUCGACAGAUUGAGAAAUCUGAGUAUCGGAACUUCCAGGCUUGCCUGCACAACUCUUGGAUUGAGCAGGCAGCAGCUGCCCUGGAGAUUGAGCUGGAAGAAGACAUGUAUAAGGGAGGAAAAGCUGACCAGCAAGAAGAGCGUCGGAGACAAAAGCAGAUGAAGGUUCUGAAGAAGGAGCUGCGCCACCUGCUCUCCCAGCCGCUGUUUACGGAGAGCCAGAAAACCAAGUAUCCCACUCAGUCUGGCAAGCCGCCCCUGCUUGUGUCUGCCCCAAGUAAGAGCGAGUCUGCUUUAAGCUGUCUCUCCAAGCAGCAGAAGAAGAAGACAAAGAAGCCAAAGGAGCCGCAGCCGGAACAGCCACAGCCAAGUACAAGUGCAAAUUAACUGCCCUGGUCAAGUGUGUUAGUGACUGCACAUUGCUCUCUGUUCUCUGGCUAUUUGCAAAACCUCUCCCACCCUUGUGUUUCACUCCACCAUCAACCCCAGGUAAAAACGUCUCCCUCUCUUCUACUCACACCCAUAGCAGGAGAGACCUCAUGCAGAUUUGCAUUGUUUUGGAGUAAGAAUUCUAUGCAGCAGCUUAAUUUUUCUGUAUUGCAGUGUUUAUAGGCUUCUUGUGUGUUCAACUUGAUUUCAUAAAUUAAAAACAAUGGUCGGAG